CACGGUCAAGAACUGACGUUCCCCCUUGGAAAACAUUUCAGAAAUAUCAACCUCGAUACAUUUCUGGAUCAUCCAUGGAAGUGCAAAAGGGCUGAAAAAAUACGUCAUUGAAUUCUGCGCUCGAGAAUACCUCUCAUUGGCCGAUGUGUCUUGUUUUUGUUGCGUGAGCGUCAUUAAUCGGGGUAAUGUCGAGCGAGGAGAGUUAUUUAGCCAUCCAGCGCUACUUGACCGAUGAACGCGAGCCGUACGCGCCGGGCACGCACGGCAACACCAAGAGGAAGAUCCGAAAGGCAGCAGCCUGUUACAUAGUGCGCAAUGGAAUCCUUUACUAUCAGCGUCGGCAGAAAGGCUUGGAUGAGUUCACGGAGCUGGAAGUGGUGCUGACGGCCGACAGGCGGAAGGAACUGAUCACGGAGGCGCACAUCACGUCCGGAGGGGAACACCUCAACCAGCAGCAGACGUGGGAAAUCAUCUCCCAGAAAUACUGGUGGAGAGGUGUGCUGAAGCAAGUGAAGGACUGCAUCAAGGAAUGCAUUCAUUGCCAAACCAAGCAGGAGAAGGGGAGAAACAAUACUGAAGAUGCCCCAAAGCAAACUGCCCGACAAGUUCGACAGAAGAUCUCCUCUGCCUGUGCCAGUGAGGAAGAGGAUGAUGAAAUACAUGAGGAUCUGGAAGAGGAGCAGUCCACUACAGUUGAUAAACAUGAACUGGUUUUUGUGGACAGUAAGGGAAUUGUCAAGCAGUUUUUACAGAAGCAUGGGCAGACAAUGCUGGACAAGCUUAACCUGCAGCGAAUGAAUAAUGAGUUCUGUGACAUCACACUGAUCAUUGAAGGCGAGGAGUAUCGUGCACAUAAAGCUGUCCUGGCCUCCUGCAGCGAUUACUUCUAUGAGCUCUUUGUGGAAAAGGGUGCUGUAUCCAGUCAUGAAGCUGUUGUUGACCUCUCCGGCUUCAGCAAAGCCAGUUUCCUGCCCUUGCUGGACUUUGCCUACACCUCCAAUCUGACCUUCAACUUUUGCGUGAUGGCAGAGGUUGCCACGCUGGCACGCCAUUUAUUGAUGGCUGAAGUUCUUCAGAUCUGUGAGUCUGUGCAUAAGAAAGUGGAAGAGCAGAAGCUGAUGGUCUACCAGAGAGGAGACAUCCACACUGUGCUGCCCAACCAGCCUGCGUCCACUCAGCCAAUCACACCCACUGCUGCUGAAACAUAUGUGGUGACUAUGCAGAGCGACGGCACAGCUGAAGCAGGACAAUCCCUGGCUGUAAUCACAAGUGAAAUCGGCACGGCUGAAUCACUGGCAUUGCUGGCUGGUGCAACUGUAGAUGGAGAAACCAUGACUGUAGUUACUCACAGCGGACAGGCUGGUUCAGCUGAAUCUCUUGCUAUGGUGGCCCAUAGUGGCCAGGCAGAGGAGGGCGAGACCAUGACUUUGGUCACUCACUCUGGGCAGGCAGGUUCGGGUGAGUCCCUGGCUGUUGUACAGGCCUGUUGGUCUGUGGAGGAACCACAGGUUGGUGACACUCCUGUCGUACAGAGCAUGCAAACAGGAGCUUUUCUUAUUAGUGUGGAUCCUGGCAAAACAGGCGCUUCUGAGAUUGUGCAUUUAGCUGCGGCAGCGCCCCCUGCUGUGCAAGAUGAGCCCCAGGCUUCUAAACCCAUACACCAAACUGAGCCACCAGCAGCAGCACCACAGCCAUCCCCUGCACCGCUCAAGAGGAGGCCAGGAAGACCACCUAAAGUGAAGCAACAGGAACCACCACCUCCUCUGCCAUCAGAGGAUGAGCCAAUGGAGAUGGAGGGGGUUGAGGAUGACGAAAAACAAGAGGACGAAUGCAUAGAUCCCAACAAGAGAUACCUAAGGAAACGAUCUGUGAGGGAAGGAGGUUAUGUUCGUCUGCAUAUGGGACUUGAGACUGAAGAAGAGGAGAAAAUCACUUCUCCUCCUGCAAAGAUACCUCAGAAAGGCCUUGCCAAGAGAGGGCGACCAGUUCAGUCUGCGAAGAAGAAUCCUGAGACAGAGUUUUCAGAGACAAACCUGGAGGCUGCUCCCAAUGCAAUAGUGACUUCAGCAAAGGAACCGGAGCCUGUUAUUGUAGAGCAGCCCGAGACUGUGGAAGAGGGUGCUCUGCCUGGAGACCCUGAAGGAGCGGUGGAGGGAGAACAUGCGUGUAAUGAGUGUGGCAUGGUGUUUCAAAGGAGAUACACACUCAUCAUGCAUGCUCUGAAACAUGAGAAGGCUCGCAUCUUCAAGUGCAGCAUAUGCAAUAAGGAGUUCCAGUACGCGGCCUCACUCCGUGCGCAUUUGGCCCGUCACAAGCAUCAAAAGAGCCAGAGAGCCAGUUUGACCCGAGCCAUGGCCACAGAAGAUUCUCAGGGCUCAGAUGAUCAGGCCAGAUUUCGCACCAGACGAGAGUUCGUGUGCGACAUCUGUGGCAAGACUAUGCCCAAGCUGUACUCGUUGCGUAUUCAUAUGUUGAACCACACGGGGGUGAGGCCGCACUCCUGCAAAGUCUGCGGGAAGAGCUUUGCCACCAAGCACAGCCUGAAGAUGCACAGGGCACUGCACGACUCCCUCAAGAGGUUCCACUGCACGGUCUGUGAGAAGUCUUUCGUCACCAAAAGAAGCCUGGAGGAACAUACAAGCAUUCAUACAGGGGAAUCAAAGUACUUGUGCACGACGUGUGGAGCAUCCUUUCAUCGUGCGUCUGGACUGAGCAAACACCUCAAGAAGCAUCAACCCAAACCUGAGGUCCGCUCAUUCCACUGUUCUCACUGCGAUAAGAGUUUCUUUGAAGCGAAAGACCUUCAGCAGCACAUGAACAAGCACUUAGGCCUAAAACCCUUCCAGUGCCAGGUCUGUGGGAAAUGCUACAGCUGGAAAAAAGACUGGUACUCGCAUGUCAAAUCGCACAGUGUUGCAGAGCCCUUCAGGUGUAAUGUGUGUGGGAAGGAGUUCUUUGAGAAGGCCCUGUUCAGACGGCAUGUCAAGAAAGCCACACAUGGAAAGAAGGGCAGAGUGAAGCAGAACUUGGAGAGAGAGUGUGAACACUGUGGGAGGAAGUUCACACAGCUCAGAGAGUACCGCCGCCACAUGAAUAAUCACCAGGGAGUGAAGCCCUUUGAGUGUCUGACCUGUGGCGUAGCAUGGGCUGAUGCUCGUUCGCUGAAGCGCCAUGUUCGCACUCACACAGGCGAGCGCCCCUACGUUUGCCCAUUAUGCCAGGAGGCUCACAUAGACGCCAGAACCCUGCGCAAACACAUAACCAAGUUUCACGGAGAUCAACUGCCUGGCAAGAUCAUGUUGGAGAAGGACACUCUUCAGUUCCACAACCAAGGCACUCAGGUGGAGCACGCCGUCAGCAUCUUGAGCUCCGAGCUUCCUCCUGAACUUCAGCCUCCACAGCCUCCAGCAACAGAGGAGAUCGAGACCGUGCUCAUCACCGAAGAGACGGUGGAGGCCGUGCAGGCCAUGAACGAUGGCGCCGCGGUCACCACUCUCUCUGAUCAGAGCAUCAUGCAGGUGGUCAAUUACGUCCUGGCACAGCAGGCUGCAGUUAAAGUGGAAGAGGCUCCAGAGAUCAUCCAGACCAUGGAGGUGGAGGUGGCGCAUGUGGCCGAGGUGGAAUGAGACAUUGCUUAUUUGGUCUUAUUUUGUGUCAUAAUGUAAAAAAGUGCUCAUUUAUUUUUGUUGUAAAAUGUAAAUUAAAAUAAGCUCAAAGGGUUUUUUCUGAAAACACCCUUGCUUC